AUGAGAUUUGGAAGAAAGCGCAGGAAGCUUGAUUUAAAGGUUCCAAGCAAUGAUCUCUCAUUUGGAAAGCUAAAACACUAUCAAAUAGGGGCGCAGGACCUCACUUUUGAGGACCAGGAACUGGCGCAAACGUACAACCAUAGAAACUCAUUACCGGGCAAGCAGUCCCCAGUUAAGGAAGCUGGAUCACUGAAGAGAUUAUGCUCUAGUCAAAUUGCUCAUGGGGCUGAAUGUAUCAUGCGCUAUCACAUAGAGGCAACGAACUCCAAUUGGAAUAUUUGGCGGCCUGUGUGGCAUUUUAUUCUUAAAUACGAAAAAGACACCCCUGCUAUUUUUGAGCUGUUUGCGGAGUAUUUUGCACAAAAAGACGACUUUUACUGUCACCGUAUACCAGCCAACUGGCGAAAUCUUGACAACUAUAAACGUGGCGUUUUUAUUGAAUUGAACUCGAUUAAUCGCAAACACAGAUUUGAAACAUUCUACCAGCAUGUUUCAUUAAGUUCGCUUUUCUCUGAACUACAUCACCUGAAAUUUGAGAGCUUGGUUGUGUUAUCAUUACAAGGGAUUGAUUUGACAAAAAGAAAUCUUUGUCUAAAUGUCCUAUCAAGCUUGAGAUACUUGAAUGUCUCUCACGCAAAUGUAAACGACCAGAUGCUUAAAAGCUGGAGCAUUAGCAUGAAAAAUGGCAAUUUGAAAAACCUUUGCUGCCUAAUCUUGAGUCAUAACAAUUUGGAAAAUGUCGAUUGCAUCCUGGAUUCUCCCUUACAGUAUUUUGAGACUGAAAUUGUGGUGAAACAUCCGCACUGGAACAAAAGUACAGAUGCCAAGCUAUCUGUUCUUUCGGAUGGUCUGAAAUUCCGUCAGAUCAUGGGCAAAGAGUAUUGCAGUUCACAGAUCAUUAUGGAUUAUAAAGUGUCGAACAUUGAAGGUAGCGAGUCGCUCAAAAAAUUGUGGAAGAGCAGAUCCCAGUCAUCAAAUCCUAGCCGUCGGAUAUUUCAGUAUAUUCGUAUUGCCGACCCCGAGGCAAAUACUUUCUCAAAGCGAACCAAACCUCGUCCUCAUGCGCGCGCAAAGAAACUCGAUGUGAAAACAUUUUUUGACAUAUAA